AUGGCUCCGCCGCCCCUCCUCGCUGCCUCCCCCUCCGGAUCGACAGAGCGACUAGCGGAGGAGCUGACGCCCACCGUUGACCAGCUCAAGACACUUGCAGCCGAGAAACCACUUGCCAUUGCGCAGGCACUAGCGGCCACCGAACCUCUACUACGUCUCCGCCAUACGUUUAUUGACGAUGCACACCCACGGGCAGUGAAGGAUGCAUUCCGUCAGCUGGCGGGGUUCCAGGCCCUGCUGGACCUUGCGGACCAGCUCGCCGAGCUUUAUGAUACCACCAUAUUGUCCAAAGAGGACCGAAAAAGCGUGAUUGGGAUCUACAAAGAUGUCUUGGGAGCGCUGGCCGAGGGUUUGAAGGACCAUUUUGCCAACAAGCGCUACUUUGCGCGGAGGAUUGCUCGCGGCGGGACUGCGGCGUUGGAGCGGAGCUUGACGGUCUUGGUUGGAAAGAUAACUCAGACCGAAUGCGAUGCUCAGCAGCUGUACGGUGCCAUCCUGGCCGCGGCUCUCUGCCAGGAGACCGUUGCGGGGAUAUUCGUAGCUUUGAGUGCGAAAUUCCCACAGAACAACACCUCCGCAUCACCCAGGGACGUCCGGGAUGCUGUCAACAAGUAUAUGGGAUCUGCCGAGACGGUCGAGGUACCUGAACUUUUGGGACCGUUGGUCCGUGUUUGGGUGACACACUCUGCUUUACCAGGAAACGAAGUUCUCCGUCUAGCUCUUCCGGCUUGCCUGAGUCAAUUGGCUACGCAAUCCCGAAAGAACGUCGUGGCUUUGCAUGCUACUGGGAUGCUCACCUCUAUCCUACCCCUCCUGUUCGAUGACGGCCGGUCCGACACCGAAAAAGAGCUCUAUCAGGACCUGGCCCGGUACCUCAGCGUUCAAGGCAUGAAUAGUCUGGAAGAUGCCGUUGCUUUAUACCGUCGUGCUCAUGAUAACCCUCGAGUCCUUGGGUUUCUGUUGUCCGCUCUCAAGUACUCCAAAGAACCCCCCUCAAUACAGUUUGACCUCUCUACACAUGGCUUCUCCUCUGUUGAGUUCGCUACACUAGGCCGACCAUUCCCACCUACUGCCUCCGCUGGGUAUACACUGGCCGCCUGGGUGCGCUUCGAUGACUUUGAUCUUAACACGCAUACUACCAUAUUCGGCGCCUUCGACGCGAGUCAGACCUGUUUCGUUUUGGCGUAUGUGGAGAAAGACACCCGCAAGUUCAUUCUUCAAACAUCAAUUCGAGGGCCACGUCCCAGUGUCCGGUUCAAGUCAACGACUUUCGAAGCCAACCGCUGGUAUCAUAUCUGUAUUAUUCAUAGAAAGCCAAAGCUUGCAUCGUCUUCACGUGCCUCACUUUUCAUCGAUGGCGAGUUCGUGGAGCAGUUGAAGAUCGAAUAUCCCUCUGUACCAACCAGCAAUCAUCCUCACCGUUCACCCCGCAUUCAGGCGUUCUUUGGAACCCCACAAGAUCUUGCUAUGCGCCUUGGUAAAGGCGUGUCGACAUCCCGCUGGUCUCUUGCAAACGGGAUGCUCUUUGACGAGGCAUACAGCGAUGACCUGGUGGCGGUCUUCUACAAUCUUGGUCCUCGUUACUUUGGAAAUUUCCAGGAUUGUCUGGGAUCUUUCCAGACGUACAAAGCCUCUGCCACGCUCAACUUGCGGAAUGAACAUCUACAUCCCGGGAAAGAGGAGGAGUCGGACAUUGUUACAGCUAUUAGAAGGCGAGCCAGCAUGCUGAUUCGCGAGGGCUCAAUCUUGAUCAAUUUGUCCCCGGUUGCAGUUUUGGAUGAUGACGAUAGCAACAAUGUGGAUGAGUCGCAGCUGAUCAAGUGCCUUUCGCGACAGGCGGCCAAGAGCUUGCAACAGCUGACAAAGGCCGGAGGCAAUGCAGUCGCAGUGAAUGGAGGUACUCCAGCCAUUAAUGACGGAUUGACGCAACCGCAAGGUGUGGGUGUCCUGACUGGAGAUCCUGUUGUUGCAGUUCCUUGGUCAUUGGAUGACGCGAGCUGGUGCCUGGGCGGCUGUGCCGCAGUCCAUCUUAGCCUGAUCCAAGCUGCCAAUACCGCAGAGACUCUUCGCCUGGCUGUGGAGGCGCUCUACGAAGCUGUGCAGGACAACUGGAGAAAUAGCGAAGCCAUGGAACGAGAAAAUGGCUACGGUAUCUUGGCAAUUCUUCUGCGCGAGAAGUUCGGGUUCCAGCUUGGCAACGGCCCAACCGCAGGUAGAUCCACGGCUAUUAGCACCAAGGAUGACGAGCUCAACACAUUGAUGCUUGAGCUUCUGCGCUUGACACUUGCGUUUGUGGGAUACGACUUCAUAAAACCCAAUCAUUCCAUCAUCUCUAAUCCAUUGGCCUAUCGGGUCUUGCUCGUCGAUAUGGACAUCUGGUGUUAUGGAGAAUCGCCGGUGCAAGACUUGUAUUACUCGCAAUUCUGUACCUUUGUGUCCGACAGUAACUACCGUCGGUUCAAUGCCAGACGCUUUGGUCGCAUGCGUGUCAAUAAGAAAUUGCUCGAAACUCUGAAAGGAGACGAAUUGACCAAAGAGACUGUUGGGCCAUGCAUGGCCUCCUUCCGGGCUCUGCUGGAGAGUAAUCUCUCGCCCGAUCUCCUUCGCUCUUUCGCCUUGUCUAUAACGUAUAAUCUCCAUCGACCGAAACCACUUACUGCCCUCCAAAAGAAGAAGAGUAUCCGUUUCGCCCCAAGCUCGUCUCGACCACCCUCCUCAAAGUCGGACACCAGCCAGCACGUACCCAGUGCCACAUUGGGCAUAGAGAUGUUGCGGCUUUAUUCUUCAAUCCUCUGUAAUGUCUUGGAUCCGAUACCACUAAGAAAGUUCGCGAAGGCGGUCACAAACAAGUGGCUUCUAUAUCUUUCCUGCGAGGACGAGCCGGAAGUCGUUGUACAUGCAGUCAAAAUUUUGGCUCGACUACUGGUCAUCCACGGAAGUAGCUACAGUAAGAAAUUCUCUGACAAGAAUGGAGGAUAUACUGUGCUCGAGUACCACCUGAAAAGAUGGUGGAACAUCCCUGCUCUGUGGCCCGCCUGCUUCUCCAUUCUUUUUGGACAGGACAUCGCCCUUAAGGACCUUGACCAACCAUUUGAUGCGCCAAGACUCAUUUGUAUGUUUCUGGCAGAUGGGGAUCUACAAAUCGCCUUUCCAGAAAUGCUUCCAGUUAUUAUGGGUAUGCUCAAGAGCGGACUUAGGAGCUCUGUUCUUGCAAGUGAGACAAGCGAUCAAUCCACGUUGAAACCUGAGACCAUUUCAACAAAGCCUCGGAUGUCAUUGCAUAGCUUGAAUAAUAUUGCUGCAGCUGACCGGUCAGCGCAUAACUUUUCUCUUAUGUCGUCGGUUGUCGACUUUCUGAAAGGGCUUUCGUCCCGAUCACCCACCUUUCAGGACUUUACAAUCCACUCCACCUUCGUCCAGGAGCUGCUCGCCAUUCUCUAUCCCACCGUCGUGGGCGUGGAUUCUAUCAGUCCAACUACUGAAAUGAACUCUCGAUACAACGGCCUUAGCUUUGAUGACAGCAAUCUGGUUCUGCGACCUCACUCUAGUCGUGGCAAUACCUCAACAGCCUUGCAAUCAAGCAUGAUUGACUCUACCGAGAGCCCUGAAGAGAGCACGGAAUCUCUGCAACGCAAGUCCUCUUUUAUCAUCGUCUCCUCAGACAAAAUGAAGCAUCAACCAUCUACGGCACGGAUUCGGCGUGUCGUAAACCUCACUUUCUCAGGGGAGGGCGCAACUACGGGUCAUCCGCUUGUCAAGGCUAUUACUGCCCUCACGAUUGACGUCUUCGAGGAUCAGCUCUUAGAGCGAAAAGAUUUCUCCGGCUUGGGAUUGUAUCAGAAAACUCCUCCCGGUUUCCUCGAACAUCAGGCCUACUUCAAUUCGUGGAUCUUCGAUUCCCUCAUGACCAGAUUAAAGGAAGUUCCCGCAUCCCAACCGCGGCUUCUGCAUGAACCUCGCACCUUGACCAAUCUGGCGCGUUUUGCCACGCAUCUGACAGAGGCUGUCUACGAAGGGUGGUUUAUCAAUGGGGCAGUUACGAGCCUCGAAUACCUCGGCGUGAUCCUGGAGUAUCUGCAACGCCCCGACAUCUCCCAUCUGAAGAGCAUUCGUCUAUGCACCCAAGCUGUGUCCACCCUGCAUUCAACGCUAUACAAGAUCGUUCUGUUCAAGUUGUCAGAGGCAGAUGACUCCGAGACUUUGCCUGUCCUGAAGCGCCUGAAUUACUGGCAGGUCGUGCUUCUCGCUGCCGCGGAGACACAGUCCAAGCACCUCCAGCUCCUCUGCUAUCUUCUGUACACCAAGCUCAUCAGCACCGAAAAGGACAUUCGCCUGACAGCUGCUAGUCUCUGGCGAAUCAUCUUAGUACAAAAGCCCGAUGAAGUGACCAUUCUUCUAGGCCACGGGCCUGCCAGUCUCCAGCGCCGACUCGCCGAAGGCUUCGACGCUCUUGCAGGAUUGGAUGAUGACGCAUUCUUGCAGUGGAUUGAUGAUCAACGAGAUGACCUCGAUGCGCUCUUCUUUGGCAUCCUGUCUCGGCAGUGGGAGUCUUUCGUUCAGGAGGAAAACGUGAAGAGUGAAGACUCUGCCAAGAACAGGAUUAGCAAGCGCAAGGACAAGCUGAAGCAGUGGGCUCAGCUGGAAAAGUACGACGAGGAUGUCAUUCGAAAGCACGAUGCCACUCUUCCGCACUGGAUUUCAAACAUCUCGGCAUCGGAAUUCCUGAAGUCUCAGAGAUUCCUCCAAGAUCUUCAAGAUAAUUCUGCUUUCAUGUGGUCUGCGUUUUCCAAUCUCCUGGUAGACCUGCAUCGACCUGGUGGUCUUCUCGCGGAAGAAAAGGAUCGCAAAUUCAGGCUCGAUCAGACUGAAGGCCGUAGCCGCAUGCGGCUGCGAGUUGUUCCUGAUGAUUCCGGGGAGCGACAGGAUUAUCAACCUAAGCGGAAGGCGUCUGGACCACCCGCACCAAAGCUUGAUACCCGGGUGCGUGCACUCUCAGCAGGAGAAGUGGCCUCUACUCCUACCGUGAUGACAGCCGAGCCCGAAGCUGUGGAGCCCAGGCAGCAAGGUGGCGAUGCAGACAACUCAGACGAUCGCAGCGGGAAUGAAGAGGAAAACUUCGAAAUGAUCGACGACCCGAAGCUGGAGAUUGAAGACUAUGAAGAUAAGAACCGCAGAGUCAUGCGAUCUCUCCAUCGAGGCGACCAGGUUCAGAAUGUAUGCAACAUGUCCCGGAUCAUCGGUCUGGAGGCCGUAGAGGGUCUAUUGAUUCUCGGAAAAGACUGCAUCUACAUCCUCGACAACUUCUUCCAGCGCGCCGAUGGUGAAAUCGUGAACGUCUGGCAAGUCCCUCCCGACGAACGUGACCCAUACGUGCGAAUGAUUGCGGGACGAGAGUCGAAUGAUCGCCGUUCACAAGAACAUGAGACUCGAAGCUGGAAGUGGUCCGAUCUUGUCAGUGUUUCCAAGCGCCGAUUCCUCUUCCGUGAUGUUGCCUUGGAGAUCUUCUUCACAGAUGGCACCAGCUAUCUGCUGACUUUCUUCUCGGCGCCCGUGCGAGACAACCUGUGCAAUCAACUUGGAAAUAAAGCCCCACAAGUUACCGGGAGUGCUGGACACUCGCGACCAGAAGAUAUUUGGAGAUUUGAGACUCUUCGCAGCCAGGAAGAUGCACCGCAAUCCCUUGGCUCUAAAUUUGCCAGCGUCUUUGGGCACUUGCCAGCAAACCCGGCCACGCGGAAAUGGGUUCGCGGGGAGAUUUCAAACUUCCACUAUCUGAUGCUGAUCAAUACACUCGCUGGUCGGACAUUCAACGACUUGACCCAGUAUCCCGUUUUCCCAUGGGUCCUGGCAGACUAUACCAGCGAGGAGCUUGACUUGACAAAUCCCAAGACAUUCCGUGAUCUAUCUAAACCCAUGGGUUGUCAAACUCCAGAUCGGGAGAUAGCCUUCCGAGAGCGCUACAACGCCUUUGCCGAGAUGGGCGACGACAAGUCUCCGCCGUUCCACUAUGGCACCCACUAUUCCUCUGCGAUGAUUGUCAGUUCGUACCUGAUCCGCCUGCAGCCCUUUGUCAAGUCCUACCUGCUCUUGCAAGGCGGGACGUUUGACCAUGCAGACCGACUGUUUUACUCCAUUCGAAAGACCUGGGAGUCCGCAUCACGCGGCAAUAUGACCGAUGUUCGAGAGUUGAUCCCCGAGUUCUUCUACCUCCCCGAAUUCCUGUCGACCUUCCACCAUGGGCGAAGAGGGGACCCAAAGAUAUUCAUUGAAAAGCAUCGAGAAGCCCUUGAGAGUCCCUACGUCUCCGAGAACCUGCAUCAUUGGAUCGACCUUGUCUUUGGGAGCAAGCAAAAGGGCGAGGCUGCAGUUGAAGCUGCCAAUGUAUUCCAUCAUCUUUCAUACAAGGGUGCCAAAGAUCUGGACGCCAUUGAUGACCCGAUGGAGCGGUUGGCGACUAUUGGUAUCAUUCACAACUUCGGACAAACACCUGGGCAAAUUUUCCAACGUACCCAUCCUCCGAGGGAAGAUCAGCGGUACCGUGUGCCCCGGCUGGAUACCCUUGCCGAGUCGUUAACCCAGAUGCCCUUGUCUCUUCUUGAUAUCGAGGAACGUGUCGUGACCCUGUCUAUGAAACAGGAUCGAUUGUUGUGCACUGCUGCACUUCGACUUAACGUCCCGCCAGCCUAUGAUCAUUAUAUGGAAUGGGGAUUCUUCGAUGGAAGUGUACGCUUCUAUUCGACGGACAGUCGCAAGCUUCUAGGUCAUUUCGAGCAUCUCCAUGUCGGGCAGCUCUCGCAUGCCAGUUUCGCUGACUCAAGGACCUUGAUCACCUGUGGCACUGAUUGCACCAUUUCCUUGUGGACGGUCACUGCGACCUCGAGAGCGGUUGACUUGCAACCUAUUGGAUCGCUCUUUGGCCACCGUGCUCCAGUGACCGUGCUUGCCGUAUCUCGUUCAUUCAGUGCCCUGCUAUCCGCGUCCACCGAUGGCCAUAUCAUGCUUUGGGAUCUGAAUCGCCGGUACUUUGUGAGGACGCUGCCAACAGACGGGGUCGUGGAUUGCGCCCGCAUCAACGACGUUACUGGGGAUAUCAUUGUGUGCCGAGGCACUCGCAUCACCAUGUACACCCUCAACGGCGAGUUACUCGUCGACCAACCCGUCUGCGACUCUCCCGACGACCACGUGCUAUCCUGCGUAUUCUACGAAGGGGUGCAGAACGAAUGGCUCGAGCGCGAGCUAGUUUUAACCGGCCACAGCCGGGGUGUGGUGAAUAUCUGGAGCAAGGUGAUUCGCAAUGGCGGGUUCGAGCUGGAGCUCAUCCGCCAACUGCAUCAUACCGACAACAGUCGCGACAACGGGGCCAACAUCCAGUCCGGCAUCAGUUGUAUCCUUGCCCUGCCGCAGGUGGUAUAUACCGGGGACGAGGCUGGUCGAGUGUACGAGUGGAACUGUAUCCAACGGCGCUGA